GGCUCUCCGGCGGCGCCGAUGGGGCUGCGGGCCUGGCUGCGAUCGCUCGGCUGCUGCGGCUGCUGCGGAGGGGAGGCUGCGGUGACCGAGAAGGAGCCUCUGCUCAGUAACAACAACCCCUACGCGUCCUUCGGAGCCACCCUGGCGCGGGAUGAGGAGCAGAACCUGUGGAGCACCCCCCACGACGUGACCCACACCGAGGCCGACGACGACCGCGUGCUCUACAACAUGAUCGUGGUCAGGAACCAGCUGGACAAAGACUCGGAGGAGUGGCAGAAGCUCAACUAUGACAUUUAUACCUUACGGCAGACCCGGAAGGAAGUGAGGAGCAGGUGGAAACACAUUCUGGAGGAUUUAGGUUUCCAGAAGGAAGCGGAUUCCCUCUUGUCAGUGACCAAACUCAGCAUCAUCAGCGACUCUCAGAACAUGAGCAAAGCCCGGGACAUCUUGUUAAAGCUCUCGGAGGAGACCAACAUCUUCCCGACCAGCUGGGAGCUUUCCGAGCGCUACCUCUUCGUGGUGGACCGCCUCAUCGCGCUGGACGCCGCCGACGAGUUCUUCCAGAUGGCCAGCGCCGCGUACCCGAAGCGGCCCGGCGGGGACGGGGCGGACGAGGCCCCGAGGCCCCCGCAGAGCGGCCCGGCCGCGGUGCCCCGAGCGAUGUGCCUCUCCGGCUGA